GACCUCGGCCCACUUCAACUCGGUGUAGCCAUCCUACCCCACCCCUUCUUCUUUUCAGUUUUCACUUCUGUCGGGAACAUCUGUUUAUUUGAUUCGUUCUAGGCCGUAAUUCGGUAAUGGGGAGCCCUAUCGCCGGCGCUUCCGAUUGCAUUCCGCCCGACUACAAACUAUGCGGUUUCUUGCGCGCAGUUCUCAGGGUUAAAAUUAACCCUACCGACGACAUCGCCGAUAUCCUUCCUUUGGGCUCGCGUUGUCGGAUUGCCGGCGACACCGCCCACGAUGCGCACUUUGUUGCAGAAAACGGCGUCGUCUUGUAUCCUAUCAGUAACUCGAACCGUGACGGUGGUGGAGCCGAUAGUCCGGCGCACAUCUGUUCCAAUGCACCCUCAGCCUCGAAGAAAAAGUAUAGGAAGACUUAUAACUAUAAGAAGAAGAAGAAGAAUAAGAAGAAGAACAGUGUCGCAUUUGUUGUCAAUGGCUCAUCCAGUUUGAAAACGAAUAACAAGUGGAGCAGAAUCGGUAUGGUCCAUGGGAGCUUGAGCGUGGUCCAUCAGCUCCAUGCGCUGAUCACUCACAAGUGUUUGAGGAUUAAUUCCCUGGUGGUGUCGCACGCGGCUCAAGAUGGGGAGGUCAGGUCUGUUCUGCUUGUUGAUGUCUACCUGCCAGUGGCAUUGUGGUCAGGUUGGCGUUUCCCUAGGUCCACCUCUGCUGCUGCUGCACUAUUCCGCCAUGUCAGCUGCGAUUGGAAAGCCAGAAGUUCAAUACUCAAUUUUACCAAAUUAGGUGAUGAAGAUAGUAGCAUUUGGAAUCUUUUUGACUGCAAUGUUCUUAGAUGUGAGCAUCAUUGCAGUGCCCCUGACCCAUCCAGGAAAAAGAUCUUU